AGCAACAGAUAAUCAUGCACAAUAAACUAUUCAUUUUCUGCUCUGUAAUCCUUUCAAUUUUAAAUAUAAUUCGAGCCGACGAGCAUAAUCAUAUUUAUGAAGAUCAUGAAGAAGUAGUUCUGUGGAUGAAUACAGUUGGUCCAUUUCAUAAUAGACAAGAGACUUAUGGAUAUUUUUCAUUGCCUUUUUGCGUUGGCAGUAAACAAAGUAUCUCACAUUAUCAUGAGACGAUGUCAGAAGCACUGCUAGGUGUAGAAUUAGAGUUUAGUGGAUAUUCAAUUGAUUUUAAAGAUAGUGUACCUAAAGGAACUGUCACAUGUAUGGUUGAAUUGGAUGAAGAGAAAUAUAAGGCAUUUGUAUAUGCUGUAAAGAAUCAUUAUUGGUUCCAGAUGUAUAUUGAUGAUCUGCCAAUAUGGGGAGCAGUUGGUAAAGAGCAUGAAAAGAAAUAUUACAUACAUACACACAAACGAAUUGAUAUUGGAUAUAAUGGCAAACAAAUUAUUGAUGUUAAUUUAACAAAUGAGCAUGAACAGCUUCUUCAUGUUGGAGCUAAAAUCUCAUUUACAUAUGAAGUCAAUUGGAGACCAUCUACUGUCGAGUUUAAGGAUCGCUUUGAUAAAUAUCUUGAUCCAAAUUUCUUUCAACAUCGCAUCCAUUGGUUUAGCAUCUUUAAUAGCUUUAUGAUGGUCAUUUUCCUUGUAGGACUUGUUUCAAUGAUUUUAGUAAGGACAUUAAGGAAAGAUUAUGCACGAUAUAGUAAGGAUGAAGAAAUGGACGAUAUGGAAAGAGACUUGGGCGAUGAAUAUGGAUGGAAAAAUAUUCACGGUGAUGUCUUUCGUUCCUCAUCAUAUCCAAUAUUAUUCACAUCAUUAAUUGGUUGUGGAUAUCAACUGACUAGUGUCGUACUUUGUGUUAUUUGUUUCGCUAUUAUGGGCGAACUGUAUACUGAACGUGGAUCGUUGUUAUCGACUGCGAUAUUUGUAUAUGCUGCAACAUCACCAAUUAAUGGAUAUUUUGGUGGAUCUCUUUAUUCAAGAAUGAGUGGAAAAGUUUGGAUUCGUCAAAUGCUUUUAUCAGCAUUCCUUAUACCAAUGUGCAUCUGUGGCACUGCAUUCCUUAUAAAUUUCAUUGCAAUCUAUUAUCAUGCAACACGUGCAAUUCCUUUUGGAACUAUGCUAGCUGUAACAUGCAUUUGUCUUUUUGUGAUUUUACCAUUAACAAUGGUUGGAACGAUUGUUGGACGAAACUUAAGUGGACAGCCUGAUCAUCCAUGUCGAGUUAAUGCUGUUCCACGACCAAUUCCUGAGAAGAAAUGGUAUAUGGAACCAGUUGUCAUCACAUUAUUAGGUGGAAUUCUACCUUUUGGCUCAAUUUUCAUUGAAAUGUACUUCAUUUUCACAUCAUUUUGGGCUUACAAAAUCUACUACGUCUAUGGAUUCAUGCUUCUCGUGUUCCUCAUUCUAAUCAUCGUUACUGUUUGUGUAACAAUCGUGUGUACAUAUUUCCUUCUUAAUGCCGAAGAUUAUAGGUGGCAAUGGACUGCAUUUCUGUCAGGAGCUUCUACGUCCAUUUAUGUAUAUAUUUAUGCCUUCUAUUAUUUCUUUUUCAAAACCAAAAUGUACGGGCUGUUUCAAACUGUCUUUUAUUUCGGAUAUAUGGCAAUGUUUAGUGGAGCGCUAGGCAUGAUAUGUGGAACUGUAGGAUAUAUUGGUACUACUUAUUUUGUAAGGAAAAUCUAUUCAAAUGUGAAAAUUGACUAAAAAUAAUCUAGAUAAUGUGCAAUUAAUAAAUUAAUUCAAUAAAGUUUUGUGAAUGAAAUCCAAAAACAACAUUAAUUAA